AUGGCCCCCGAAACGAAAAGUGGUAAGUAUUCAACAAAAGUCUUAAUUCAAUUAUUAGUGGGAACUUUCAGACACAAUGUUUGACACAUUGGCUAAGAGAGUGGAUGGUAUGAGGACGCAAUGGAGAAAAGGGAAUUUGGCAUCGGCUUUGGAACUGAUCGAUGCGAUUAUUCGAGACGUUCAGUUGAACACGAUGUUGGAUACAACGGCUGCUAGGAGGGAUCCUAGAAAGGUUUAAAUUUUUUUCGCUUGGAUUUUAAUGACAUUGAAUCUUUCCAAAACCUUUGAUAAGAUAAAGUUAUGUUGAAGGAAUUUUCCUAAUUUUAUGAUUUGUGUUCAAUAGUUUUCCAAAUUUGAGUUGAAUGAACUACUGGGCGAUAAAUUUGUAAACUGUGAGCUUUUGUGUCAAAAAUAUCCAAAAGAAUUUCUCUUCCGGAUUUCGUGAGUUUUCAGCGGCAAAAAUCGGAGUUUUAGAGCAUUGAAAUCCACAAGUUCUACCUUUGAUCUAUCGAAAAAUUAUCAUCAAAAUAUAUUCUUAGGAUCUAAGCCAUGCUGCCGUUGGAUCAUAUUCAAUUUCUUUAAAAAAAUAAAAAGGAAAGGUUUUUUUUUUCAGCAAUUCCUGACAAUGUUGGAGACUGAAAGAAGGCAGAUCAACACUGAAGUCAAUUCGAAAAAGUAAGAAUCUUAUUUUUUACAAGAUUACUCAUCUUUUUUUCAAGGAACGAUAGAGUUGAUGCUCAGCGGAAUAGUCCUAGUGAUCCUCCAGCAGAUCCCGACGUUUGGUCUCCUCCUCCUCCUCGGCCUACUUCAGCUCAUUCUAAGAGGAUUCCUGAGCCCGCUCCUAAGGUUUUUCAAUUGGAUAUCAACUAGCAUGAGCUCUCAUUCUGAAAAAGAAAUAUAAACUUCAGAACGUGAAGCCAACGACUACAACAAAAGGAAGAGCCUCGGUCUCAAGUACUACAAAUCAAGCGGCUAAGAAAAAAGCCAGGACGCCGUCUUCAAAUGAACAGUAUGCUUUUUAAAAUCUUUUGAGGGGAAAAAUCUGCUUAGGCCUCCAACGGAUGGAGAUCCAGAUAAGGGAUCGUCGGAGAACCCUGAAGGAAAAUCAGAAUUCGACGGGAGCGCAUAUGACUCGGUGAGAAUAUAACUUCUUUGAGACGUCAAGGAAAUACUUAUUUUUGGAGUUAAUUGACAUGGAUAGUGACCUGAGAAAAUGAAGCAGUUUUAUCUGUAAUAAACGUAGAAUUUUUAAAAAUGUUUCCAGGAGCUCGUUCGUGCAAUCGAGAGCACCAUGACACGGUCCAGCGCCCAGGUUUCAAAGUUUCUAUUACUCGCAAACGUAAAAGAGUUAAGAACACCUCCUGGGACAGUAUUGCCGGCUUACACGAUGCUAAACAACUCCUGACAGAAACUGUUAUCCUUCCCGCUUUGAUUCCUCAUUUCUUCAAGGUUCAAAAAUCUUAAGUUUAUAGUCACUUUCCUAUUUCAGGGGAUCCGGCGUCCCUGGCGAGCCGUUUGUAUGGUUGGCCCUCCGGGUACCGGCAAAACAAUGAUGGCCAAAGCUGUUUCAUAUGAAUGCAAGACCACGUUUUUUUGUGUUUCCUGUGGAGACUUGGCUAGCAAAUGGCGUGGCGAUGCGGAGAAGAUGGUCAAGUUGCUGUUUGAAAUGGCGAGAUUCCACGCUCCAUCGACAAUUUUUAUUGAUGAGAUCGAUACGAUCGGAUCUCAACGUGGUGGAGCCAAUGAGCACGAAGCCAGUCGUCGGUUAGCUUUUCUCAAGUUCCGAAAAACGUCCAAAAACUUUUUUAGCUCAGCUCAUUAAUAAGCCUGCCAGGCUCUACGAUGACCAAUUUUUGGGCAAAGUAUAUAAAUAAAAACAAUAUUUCAGCCUGAAAGCCCAACUUUUGGUUGAAAUGGACGGCUUUGCUGGUGAAGAUUCGGAUAAGAGAGUUCUUAUCCUUGCCGCCACCAACUUCCCAUGGAACUUGGGUUUCGUUUUCUGUUAUUUUUCCUAGAAAAUGAUUGAAAAUUCUCAGACGAAGCUCUGAGACGCCGUUUCGAAAAACGUAUCUACAUCCCCUUGCCGGACCAGGCUGCUCGACGAUCUUUGGUGGAACAAUGCAUGAAAGAGGUGACUUUCCUGUUUUAGAAUGUUUUAGAAGCUUAGAAACUUUACAGAAAGUAUUCUUUCUGGAAAAUCUCUAGUCCUUCCAAACCAUCUGAAAAUUAAAUAAUUUAUACCAAAACCAACUUUACAGGUAAAUGUUGCGGACGAUGUCGAUUUGAACGUGAUCGCCGAGAAACUCGACGGAUAUUCUGGGGCGGAUAUCGUUAAUGUUUGUCGCACCGCCGCCAUCAUGAUUCUAAGAAGGUUUUAAAAUUUUUCUAAGUUUCUCAUUAGAUUCUGGAAUUUUCAGGCUAUCCGUUGGCAGGAGAACAAUCGAAAUCGCCAUGAUACCCAAGGAAGAGUUUGAUCAGCCGAUUUCUGCCGACGAUUUCGAGCAGGCCAUCCGGACUACGAGUUCCUCUGUUAAUAGGGUAGGUUUUUUUUUCCUUCAACCAUAUAUUUGUCAUACGAAAAUAGUCGCUAUAACAUACCUUUUUUUCGAAAAUGGUACCUAUUCCUAAAACUCUACACAAAAAGGUGAGAUAGAACUCUUUGCACUGAACUUCAAAUCAUGCCUUUAUUUCCUAUAAAAUCCCUUCGCGCGAAAGUAGUUUUCAGUCCGACGCUUGAAAAAUUAAAAAUUCAGGCUUCUCUGCUUGAAAGCCACGGAUUGAGCCGAAUUUUUCAUUUUUUACACAAACCCGUCUUCUAAAAUUCCUGAUUUUCAGGAAAGCCUGGCCAAGUACGAGGAAUGGAUCAACGAGUUCGGAUCUGUAUAA